UCAUGUUGUUGGGGUGGAACAAGAUAAAGAAUGGAUUACCAGAAAAUCAUCCCAUUGCCCCUUUAAUGACUUAAGAAAUCCUGGACUUUUCUAUUAGUGCCCAUAAAAAGUUUCCUUUCACCACAUCCACCCAGGACUUCGAGACCAGGACCGGCUAAACUCUCUCAGGUCUCAAAAUGUCCACCGACCCUGCAGCUGAGUUGCCUUUCUUCUAUGGCUGCAUCAGUCGAUCAGAUGCUGAACAGCACCUGAAGCUGGCUGGCAUGUCCGAUGGCCUCUUCUUGCUGCGACAGUGUCUCCGCAGUCUGGGAGGCUACGUCUUAUCUGUUGUGUGGAACCUGGAUUUUCACCAUUACUCCAUAGAGAAACAGUUAAAUGGAACUUACAGCAUCGCAGGAGGGAAACCUCAUUGUGGGCCGGCAGAGCUUUGUGAGUUUUACAGUAAAGAUGCCGAUGGGCUGGUGUGUAUGCUGAAGAAACCUUGUCUGCGAUCUCCGGACACACCGAUACGGACUGGUGUGUUUGACAAAAUGAGAGACAACAUGCUGAGGGAGUACGUGAAGCAGACCUGGAACCUGGAGGGAGAAGCCAUGGAACAGGCCAUCAUAAGUCAAGCUCCCCAGCUGGAGAAGCUGAUUGCUACUACAGCCCAUGAGAAGAUGCCAUGGUAUCACGGUAAAAUCAACCGCCAAGAAGGAGAGAGGCGACUUUACUCUGGAGCACAACCAGAUGGCAAGUUUCUAGUGAGAGACAAAGAGGAUGCUAGUACGUUUGCACUCUCUGUGGUGUACGGGAAAACCGUUUACCACUAUCAGGUCAUUCAAGACAAAUCAGGGAAGUUGUCUAUGCCAGAGGGAACAAAAUUUGACACAAUCUGGCAGCUUGUUGAGUAUCUGAAGAUGAAGCCUGAUGGCCUGGUAACUGUCCUUGGAGAGGCGUGCGUCAAUGGCAAAGUUACUGAAAAGACACCCAGUCUUCCUGCAAAUAGGCGGGCUGGCCCAAAUGGAUACACACCGCCACCUCGAGCUGUUACAGUGGUACCAAAAGCAGCUACUGCUGUGCCUGAUAGUGAGCUUCUUCCUAUGGACUGUGCUGGGUUCAACCCAUACCACAACCCCAAUGAGAUCAAGAAAUUCAACAUCCAGAGGGACCAGCUGCUGAUGGAUGAGGUGGAGCUUGGCUCUGGGAACUUUGGUUGUGUCAAGAAGGGAGUUCUCAGGACAGACGCGGGUCAGAUUGAUGUGGCUAUUAAAGUUCUAAAGAGUGACAAUGAGAAGCUGGUUAAGGACGAGAUGAUGAGAGAGGCAGAGAUCAUGCACCAGCUGAGUAACCCCUUCAUCGUCCGCAUGCUUGGCCUGUGCAACGCUGAGCAUCUGAUGCUCGUCAUGGAGAUGGCUGCUGCGGGUCCUCUCAACAAAUUCCUCUCCACCAAUAAGGACACUGUAACCGUGGAGAAUAUUGUUAACCUGAUGCAUCAGGUGUCAAUGGGGAUGAAGUAUCUGGAAGAAAAGAACUUUGUGCACAGAGAUCUGGCAGCUCGCAACGUCCUACUGGUCAACCAACAGUUUGCCAAAAUAAGUGACUUUGGGCUCUCCAAGGCUCUGGGAGCAGAUGACAGCUACUACAAAGCUCGUACUGCAGGUAAAUGGCCACUGAAGUGGUAUGCUCCAGAAUGUCUAAACUUCCACAAAUUCUCCAGUAAAAGUGACGUAUGGAGUUUUGGUAUCACCAUGUGGGAGGCCUUUUCCUAUGGAGGAAAACCUUACAAGAAAAUGAAAGGUACAGAGGUGGGCCGCUUCAUUGAGAGCGGGAGCCGCAUGGAACGCCCAGCAGCAUGUCCAGAGAGAAUGUAUACAGUGAUGACAGAGUGCUGGACAUACAAGCAGGAGGACCGCCCUGACUUCAAGAAGGUUGAGGAGUCCAUGAGGUCUUAUCAUUACUCCAUAUCCAGCAAGGCCAAGCCUGAGGAAGCUGAAGCGGCUGCAGAGCCUACCAAAUAGACAGGAAAAAGGCACAUUCUGUCCUAGUGCUGCACAAAGCAUCCUUUCAACCAACCGUUAAACUACCAAAACAAAGAGUGUUUUAUGAGCAAUGCACACUGGCCAGCUUUGACUACAGUGCAGAUACAGCUUAACAGACCUCAAUGACAAUAAAUGUGCAUAUCUAAAUUGGACCUCAGUGUUUCAGCUGUGUGAGGGUCUCUGUCUGAUGUCUGAGUUUGAAUGUUAAGUGUCUUCACAUUUCUGGAGUAUAAUAGGACUAUAUGCAGGCAAAGAAAUUUGUUUUUCAUUGCACUUCCACUACCUAAGAACAUUUAGUUGUUUUUAAGCUAAAUCAAAUAAAAAGAAAGGGAUUUCUGAUUUACAGUUGUUCAUAAUCUGGCUACAUAUUAUAGUGGAGUGUGAGAUACUUCCUUUGAGAUGCAACUGCUUGAAGAUAGAUUGUAUUUGACAUGUUAAAGUAUAAUUUUUUUAUUGUUCUUGUAACAGCUUAGAUGGUCAUCAUGUUUCAAAAGUUAAAAAGAGAAAGAUAUAAAACCAGAGAAAACAUAAUCUGUCGUGAAUAUGUAUUGAUUAGAAAAAUUCAGGGAUUAACAUCUUAUAUGUAUGCCAGGCUGCACACCCAAAUAUAAAGUUUGAUUAAGAGACAAGACAUUUAAAGAAAUAAAGAAGAACAAGCCUCCAAGGAAAACAUCAACAAGUUUGUAAAUGAUUCAGAGUAGUGAAGACUUUUACGAUCUUUUCAUCUUGUGAGUGAUCUAUAUUUAAUCAUGUAAUGUAGUCUUGAGUUUUGAAAUGAAUGUUUUGUGACGGGUGUGUUAAUAAAUGUAUGAGCCCA